AUGUCUACACGAAUUUUCAUUCGAAUUAUUGUACCGUCAACUUACAGAGUCGUAAGAUCGGUAGAACAUGCAACACAAAAUUAUAUGCGAAAUCAUGUUAACAACAAUGUUACUUCUUCGCAUUUCCGAAAUGUUAAGGAGCGGCGGAUGCUCUCCCAACAACAUCCGGUAUCACAGGCUAAAGAGUUAACAGUAGAUUUUGAUUACGUGAAGAAAGCAACAGCAAAUAAUGAAACAUUAAUUAUUGAUGUGAGAGAGCCAGAAGAGGUGAAGGAACAUGGCAAAAUACCGAAUAGCAUCAAUAUACCAUUGGGCAAUGUGGCCACAGUGCUAGGUAAUUUAUCAGAAAAGGAGUUUUUACGAAUAUAUCAGAGACCUAAGCCUAAAGAAGAAACUGAAAUGAUUUUCUACUGCAUGAUUGGCAAGAGAUCUGGAAAAGCACAGCAAAAUGCUUUGGGUCUAGGAUUUAAAAAUGCGAAGAAUUAUCUCGGCAGUUGGACGGACUGGGCGACAAAGAUACAAUAA